UCCAUUGAAACACGGGGAGGACAACGGGGUGACAGCCGAGCUCAAACGUCAACUUAUUGACAAGUCAACGGAGAAGCAGCAGACCUGAGGGGGACUUGUCCUCGGGAGGGAGGCUUCAUCUUCUCCAUUCACAUCUGUCUUCUGAGGCGUUCAGUGUCGUCUUAGCAUCUUUAGCGAUUCUGCUAACUCUAACUAACAAGAGACUUCUUCAGUAUCCAUAUGUUUUAUUUUACAGAGGAACCGGAAUGUUAACUCUAGGCUUAUCUAGACCAGAGGCCUACUGCAUCCUCCUCUAAAACUAGAACGAUCCAGUGCCGGUGGAUAACCCCCUCCGAAGCACACCUAGUGAAUUUGACCUGUGGAUACUACAGCUUCCAUCUAGACAGCAAACCAAAGCAGAGCAUUUCCAUUGCUCCUUUUUUAAUUAUCUGAUCAAAAACUUUUCCCUGACUAUUUCCUGUUUUUUUUUGCAAGGAUUCAUAAGGCUGUAAAGUUUUUCAGAUUAAAAAUGGGUCCUGGAAUGGAGGCAGCGGACAUAGCUGUGGUAGCGCUUUAUUUUGUCCUGGUGCUGGUCAUCGGGUUUCUUGCCAUGUGGAAAGCCAAUCGCAACACUGUGAGUGGCUACUUCCUGGCUGGACGCUCAAUGACGUGGAUAGUGAUUGGCGCAUCACUCUUCGUCAGCAACAUUGGCAGUGAACAUUUCAUAGGCCUGGCUGGGUCGGGAGCAGCAAGCGGCUUUGCUGUCGGAGCUUGGGAGUUUAAUGCACUUCUUCUUCUGCAGCUUCUGGGCUGGGUGUUCAUCCCAGUGUAUAUCCACUCAGGAGUGUACACCAUGCCUGAGUACCUGUCCAAACGCUACGGCGGCCACAGGCUAAAAGUUUACUUUGCUUUCUUGUCAGUGUUACUCUACAUUUUUACCAAGCUCUCAGUGGAUUUGUACGCAGGAGCUCUCUUUAUUCAGGAGUCCCUGGGGUGGAACCUUUAUCUUUCUAUCUUCCUUCUCAUCAGCAUGACUGCCUUGCUCACUGUCACUGGUGGACUGGUUGCAGUACUCUAUACGGAUGCACUUCAGGCAGUUUUGAUGAUCUCUGGAGCCCUGACCUUAACCAUCAUUAGCCUAAUCAAGGUUGGUGGACUUGAAGGUGUCAGAACUAAGUACAUGCAGGCAGUUCCUAAUGUUUCUGCAAUAGUUGCCACUGGAAACUACACCUACACUAAUUCCUGCCGCAUUGAGCCCAAACCAAAUUCACUACGUAUCCUUCGAGGUCCUCUGGAUGAAGACAUCCCAUGGCCAGGCUUCAUUUUCGGUCAGACCCCUGCAUCUAUUUGGUACUGGUGUGCUGACCAGGUUAUCGUCCAGAGAGUCCUUGCAGCGAAGAACAUCGCCCACGCAAAGGGCUCCACCCUCAUGGCUGGAUUCCUAAAGAUCCUGCCCAUGUUUGUGAUAGUCAUCCCGGGGAUGAUCUCUCGCAUUUUGUUUGCAGAUGAGAUUGCAUGCAUUUCACCAGAGCACUGCAUGGCUGUGUGUGGUUCUCAAGCCGGCUGCUCAAACAUCGCCUACCCACGCCUGGUCAUGGCUGUGAUGCCAGUGGGACUCAGAGGUCUGAUGAUGGCAGUCAUGAUUGCCGCCCUGAUGAGCGAUCUUGACUCAAUAUUCAACAGUGCAAGCACCAUCUUUACACUGGACAUCUACCAAACUUUUCGAAGGAAGGCAUCCCAGCGGGAGCUGCUGAUUGUGGGUCGCAUGUUUGUUGUUUUCAUGGUGGCAAUCAGCAUCGCCUGGGUCCCUGUUAUCAUUGAAAUGCAAGGUGGACAGACAUAUCUCUACAUCCAAGAAGUUGCUGGCUAUCUUACACCACCGAUUGCAGCCCUCUUCCUACUGGGUGUGUUCUGGAAACGCUGCAAUGAGAAAGGUGCAUUUUGGGGAGGCAUGACUGGCUUCACACUCGGCACCCUACGCCUGAUCCUAGCUUUCAUUUACCGCCAGCCUCGCUGCGACCAGCCAGAUGACAGACCCGCCUUCAUUGUAAAGAUUCACUAUAUGUAUUUUGCUGCAGGGCUUUUCUGGUUUUCAGGGUUGGUGGCUGUAGUGGUCAGCCUCCUCACCUCUCCGCCAGAUAAAGAGCAGGUUCAAACCACCACAGUCUGGGGGCUCCGCAGCAUUGAAAAAGUUCCCCCUAAGAACCGUGAUGAAAUGUACCGCCUGACUGAGAAAAGUCUUUCCAACGGCGAUGGAAAAAUUCGCAAGGAAAUUCCCCCAGACGUUAGAAAGGAGGGGUGUUUGGAUGGGGCGGAUAUCAAGCUUCUGAUGCCAUCCACUGACCAUGACCCAGCAACCCCAAGCACAGAAACAACCCCUGCAGAGCGCUUCACUAAUUUGAGGAUGGAGACAAAAAGGCCUGAGGAAGGACGUGGCGCUACCAAGGAUAAAGGCAGAUGUUUGCAUUUACUGGAAUGGUUUUGUAGAUUUAAAGACGGAGGACAGAGUGAUCCUCAGAAAGUCGUGCAGGAGGACACAAGAGUCAUUGCCGAGUUGCUGUACGAGCCCCCCAGAGUUAAAGUUCUCCUCAACUUGGGUCUGCUUUGUGUCUGCUCUGUGGGCAUCUUCAUGUUUAUUUAUUUCUCACUUUAGUGGAACCCUGCACUGAACUAACAGGGGACUAGUGUGACAGCUUUUAUAAGGGUGGAAAUGAUGCUUAUGGUUUGGGGUUACAGUUGAAUUUUCAGAGGUUUGGAAAGCUCUGUCUGUAAUAUUUACAGUUGUAUUUUUUAGCUCUCUAACAGGGAUCUAAGCUUAUUCUAAUCAUUUUUUAAAUGAUGAAAGCCUCUCUACAUUAAAAAAAAUUGUACUCCUUUACGAUUAUGAAGCUUAAUUGGCACAGGCGUGUCCAUUUUGUACAGCGCUUGUUGUUAAUCCUGCAUUCAGAAUAUCUACUGGGAUUUUUUAGAAUUGUUGUACUCAAAGUGAAUUUCAACAUUUGCCUUAUUUCUCAAGUUUUGCACUUGUCUUCUAUUUGUAUGGUGAAAAAAAAAAAAUUCCUGUGAUUUUCCUCCACUCAUAUCAUAGACUGUAGACUUUGUUGCUUGUGUAGCAUACAUGUGUCUGUAGUGACUCAAACACUGUUUUAGUUGAUAGAUCAUGACCGUUUUGUGCAAGUUUCUGUCGCUGAACUUUAUAUUACAACAUUAUUGUAUCAUUAAAAUUUCAAAUAUGUAAUUACAUUUAUUUUCAUUGUGCUCUAGGUAUUUUAGUGCCCAUUAUGACAGUUGUAAACAUGAUCUAUUAGAAACUGCUAUUAUUCUUAUCACUGAAGGUAUAACCUCAAAAUUCAUCUUACCAAGCUAAAAAGCCUAGCCAACUGGGGGCCUAUGGAGGUAAGCAAAAUCAUGGUCCAUUGUAAUGUUAAUCUGCAAUAAUCAUAAUUUACAUUAACAUGAAUAAUAACCACUGUUAUCAAAGCAAGAAUAUUUAUGCUGUAUUACAAUAUAGCAGUUUCAACAUGUAAACCCUUUUUUGAAAAUAAGUUUCCUUUUUGUUCAAUAGCACAAUGUGGAUGCCAAUAAAAAUGGGUUAAAAGUGGUGGAAAUAAGUGGUGGAAAACAGUUAAAAGGUUGCCAGAAUUCGUACUUAGUAGCAAAAAUAGGGUUGAAAGUUGCAAAUAUUUGAUAAAGCAGCAAAUAUAGGUCAAGAAAAGAAAAAUGUUUCAAAAAUGUCUGGCAAAAAUGGUGAAAAGCAGUUAAAAAGUGAAAAAAAUUGAUUUUGAGUGGCAAA